GCACCGGCUCCUGAUACGAAUUGGCUCCAGUUCAUUUCGGGACUUCGCCUGGAGCUAUUCUUGUUCGUGUAUUCAAUUUCGUAUUCCAUGCGUCUAGUCAUCACCCAGGAUUGGUUCCUGCAUAAGGCGUGCUGGGCAAGGUUCGACUUCAAUGAAUCCCUCUGCCACGACAUACUCAAUAGAGAUAACGAGGAUCCGAUCAAAACCGCCAUUACAAGAUCAGCGAACCUGUACAAUCUUUUCCUCUUUUUGGUGCAAUUCAUUCCUGCGGGACUCCUGAGUAUUUUCAUAUCCCCCUUCGCCGAUAUUUACGGCCUGAAGGUUCCGUUGAUGAUAGCGACGGCCGGAGGGUGCCUUCAAGAUCUGCUGACUGUCGUCACCACUUCAACGCCCUCGAUACUUACUGUCUUCACCGUGUUGUGCGCAAUCCCCAACGGUUUCACCGGUGGUCUCGUGAUAACCUGCGCCUCCGUCUACUCCCACGCAGCUCGGAACUCAGCGGAUAGUCUGAAAACGAUGAGAUUCGCCGUUAUAAUAACAGCGAUGACUUUAGGAUUCCAGCUGGGAAUGUUCAUCGGAGGACAAAUCUUCGCGCUCGCCAACGAGAAACACUUUUCGGUUUUCGUGGUUUCUGCCAUUCUUCUCAUUACGUGCCUCAUCUAUCUCUGGGCGGCCAUUCCUCUCUCGGACGAGAUUAGAAACGCGGCUCGCUCCGAACUCAUACAGGACCUCUGUCGAGUUGACAACCUCACCGAAGGCUUCAAGGCGGUCUUCAGGCCGCGACCGGGCAAGAAUCGGAAAAAACUCUUGCUUUUGAUGGUUUCCAUGUGGUUCGUUUUGUUCAACAGUGAAACUGCGAGGAACAUCAACUACUACUACACGCGGAAACGCUACAACUGGUCUCCAACUCAUUUUUCGAACAUAACGGCAGCCUUCGGCAUAUUCCAGCUCCUGUCAACGGCCACCUGCAUCGUGAUCUUCAGCCGAAUCCUCCGACUUUCUGAUCCAGCUUUCGCUUGUAUCGGAGUAGUGGCGUUCAUGAUACAGAACGCCAUCAAAGCGUUCGCCUACAAGGACAGCCUCUACUACUUGGGCUAUGCGUUCGGAGUCCCUGGUGGGACCGCCGCGGUUGGCAUCUCCACGGCCGCUUCUCGGAUCAUCGGUCCUUCGGAGGCGACUAAGGUCUUCUCCUUCUGGACAACUUGCGAGUCAUUGGUGCCGGCCGUGGGAGAUGUGAUCUCGUCUCUCCUCUUCAACGCCUUUCUCGGCGUAUUCCCAGGACUGCCUUUCCUAUUGGGCGCUGUCUUGCAGCUCAUCCCGCUGGGAGCGCUAAUUUACUGCAUCCGUUAUCCUAAGAUCGAAAAAGAUGAAUUCGUCCACCGGAGGCUCACAUGAGCGGUGCGGCGAGGAAUUUGCAGAUUCGAGGGAAGCUGAUGUGAUCGCAACAGGCGACCGGUGUCAGGGGCGGUGGGAUAACCGAGUCGUGAAAGAUAUCUCCUCAAAAAAAUGACUCCGCGACCACGCCUUCCGGAUCCCGGUACCCGCACGCUCCUGAAACACAUUGAGCCUUCUUACUUCGUUGCUUCUGAUCGAACGAAACUCAUAAUCAUCAUUGAUUCGACUGUCUGAGUUCUCUGCCGAUCUUACUGUCGAGAAGCUCCCGAGAAGAGGGAAGUCAGACAUGCUUAAAUCAAUCCCUCUCCGAGGUUUUUGGAGAUGCUCCGCGUCAUCAGAAGGACGGCUUGUUUGUGUUCUCGUUGCCGUACUUUUCCAAUGGCGGUCGAAUUACACCAGAAUCGUGAGGUGACCUUUUCAAUUCAACUUAAGCGAUGCUCUGGUGAAAGUGCGUAUCGCAUAAUUGUACAGUUCCGGGAUAGAUGCGAAUUUCGAAUGGGGUAAUCUACCAAUGUAAGAAUUGUUGUGAGAGCAAGUACCCCUAGCUAAGGUUCAAAACCUCAUCAGUUCCAUCCGACCAUAUCGGCCCCGUGCUUGCUUGAGGGUCCGAGCCCCCAUGCGACUCCUGGACAUUGCGACGCCUGUCCGGCUGAGCGGGGUUGCCGAUAUCGCAGCUUGUGC